AUGCUACUAAAAGUGUCGUUCACGGACGCAGUGUUGGCCCUGCUCAUGUGGUUCGGCCAGCUCCCAUCUGCUGGGCCAGCGGUUGGCAAACGGCUGUUGGUGAAAGUGAUCCUCGUCGACAUCGGGAUCUGCCUUUCGUGGAAUGGCGCGUACCUGUGGCACUACCGUAGUGCCAGCCUACCGUACAUCGUGGCCUGGUGGAUGAGCACGUUCAGCACAUUACAGCUGGUGAUAGUGAGCAACAUCCUGCUCGUCACGCUACUGUGGACCGACUUUCUUUACGGGCUCAUCAACGAGCGUGUGCGGCUGAUGAUCGCUAGCAUACUGGAAGUGGAUAAGAACACUCAGCGCUGGAACAACGGUCCGGCAGACCGGCAGUUCAUACUGACGCACAUCGCCCACCAGCUCAGCGGCCUCCAGGUCCAUCACAGUGCGCUCACCGAGUCCAUCCGAAACAUCGUCCGCUUCUACAACUUCCCGCUGGCGCUCAUCCUGUUGUAUGAAUUUGUUAUCAUGAUCUCGGAGAUUUUUUACGCCUAUACAUCCAUCGUGCAAGGCAUAAGGCAAGGCGAUGAGUUUUUUCUAGCCAAGUACACGAGCUCGUUCAUAUUCGCCACGUUUCAGGCCAUCCAGUUCUACUACAUCGUUUCCGCUUGUGCCGACAUCACGGAGCAGGCCGAAAACACCGGUGUGCUGCUGAACGAGUUUCUUCAGACAGAUGUCGAACCCACGGUCGAUCGUUGCAUUGAGCUAUUCACCAUCGAUCUGCUGCAUCAGGAUUUCAAAAUUAACAACUGUGGUCUUUACUACAUCGAUUACACGCUACUGUUUUCGAUGAUCGCGACCAUUACAAGCUACCUGAUAAUGCUGGUGCAGUUCCAGCUGGCCGUGGUUUAG